GUACGCCCACUUUGCACCAACUGCAAUUACUAGCUGCUUUAUGACUUGAUGCCUUUGGCUCGAGGGUCCUGACGCGCGAGGCUGCAAUUACAUGUGCUGAAAGUUUGAAAAUGCCCUUAAAAGGCAAAAUGUCCAACUAAGAGCCUUAAGGAAAAGGAAUUGGCAGGGAAGCCAAUAGGAAGUAUGGUCGAAAGCGACAGCUAACCCCGAUGCGACUGCGGUGUCGGGGCCAGCUUCCACCACCGUGCUAUAGCCCCGCUCGCGGGCCGGCUGGCGUCGCCAGCCCAGCCCGGAGGCUACUCAGGAAUGACGGUAAACCCUGAAAUUACUCCAUAUGAUGAGCAGAGCGAGCCCGCCACAGGCAGACCAGCGCUGAAGUCGACCGGGCGUACUUUCAGCACCGACACCGGCGAGCUGGCGCCGCCCUGUGCCCACUCCGACCCCUCCCCCCACCAGCCCCACCCUGCGGCUCCCCUCAACUCCUCACUUGAUGCCGACGCCAGCUGCCCCGGCGCGGCCGUGUGGCUUCCCGGCGUGGCUGACCGCAUCAUCUCCUUCCUGGCGCCCACCGACAUCUGCCUGGUCAUCCGCCCGCUGUGCCGCGCCCUGGCCGCGCAGUACGCCGCCCACACCACCGCGCACCUCUCACACCCCGUGCACCCCGCCAUCUUCGCCGCGCACUGGGACAACGAACGGGCGCUGCGGCGCCUCGGCCUGGCCCGUCGCCAGGACCUGAUCCGCCUCGCCGCGCGCUCCGGCGUGCUCCCAAACCUGCAGCUGGCGCUGCGCGUGUGCGGCCUGGCGGCGCCGCCGCCUCUGGCGCUGGCUGCGGCGGCGGCCGGCGGCCACGUGGCGGCGUGUGAGCUGCUGCACGACCUGGGCGCGCCCUUUGCGAAUGCGCUCUCCGCGGCGGCGGGCGGGGGGCACCGGGUCUGCUGCGAGUGCCUGCUGGGGCGGGGGUGCGCCUGGGACGAGGCGGCGGUGCGGGCGGCGGCCAAAGGCGGGCACGUGGAGCUGAUGGUGUGGCUGCUGGAGCGCACGCCACAGCCGGGGCAAGGGCAGAUGCUGGGGCAGGGGCGUGGGCGGGGGCAGCAGGAGAAUGGUCAGGCAGGAGAGGGGCAGAAGGGCCAGUCAGCGCACCCGUUUCGCCGGUCGGCUGCUCCUGCCAAGCGCGUGCCUGGCAGCGCCGCCACCGCCACCGCCACUGCCACUGCCACUGGCAGUAGCAGCACGGGCGGCGUGGACCCGGUGCUACUGCUGGAGGCAGUGGCGGCGGGCUGUAGCCUGCCGGAGCUGCAGCACUGGUACAGCGCCUGGUUCGGGCCGGCGGCUGCGGCGUCCACACAAACCCAAACACCAUCCUCAGCAUCAUCAGCAGCAGCAGUACCAGGAGACGAUGGACCUUCUGGAUUGGGGCUGCUACUCCGUCGCGACCGCUACCCGCCGCCGCCGCCCGAGCUCCUACAACAACAGCCGCAGCCGGGCCGCGCAAUGCGGGGCUGGAACCGGCCGGGCUCCGCCGCCGCCCGCCGCCGCGCCGCCAGCCCCGCCGCCCGCCAGCUGUCCCGCGCGCAGGACCACCAUGAGGCCGUGUGCGGGCUGCUGGCCGCCGCCGCCGCCAGCCCCACCCCCGACUGGCAGGCCAAGGUGGCGUGGCUGCUUCGCGAGCUGUGGGCGGACGCGGCGGCAGUGCUGGCGCUGGCGUCCGGGCGGGAGCCGCCGGCGCCUGCGGAGCCGCCUGCCCCGGGGGGCGCAUGGCCCGCGGCCGAGCAGCAGGUGCAGCUGCAGCGGCAGCAGCGGGAGCUGCGGGAGCGGCGGGGCAGCGCCGCUAUGGGGCUGGUGGCGGAGGCCGCGGCAGGGUGUGGUGCUGCAGCCAGUGCUGCAGCCAGUGCUGCAGCCAGAGCUGCUGGUGCCGCUGGCUCGGCGUCUGCCACUUCAGGGGCGGUGGGGCGGCUGCGCUGGCUAGCGGCGCAUCUGGGCCCGGAGUUUGCUCCGGACUCGCGGGCGGCCGAGGCGGCGGCGCGGGCGGGCGACGCGGCGGCGCUGUCCUACCUGCGGGGCGUGGGCGUGAGGCUGGCGGACGGGCAGGUGGAGCUGCUUGCUGCGGACUCGGGCUCGGUUGCGUGUCUGCAAGUGCUUGAGGCCUGGUGGGCCAGCCAGGAGCCAGAGCGGGGCCCGGAGCUGGAUGAGGUGGCGGCAGCGGUGGCGGGCCCAGGCCUAGGCCUGGGCGCGGCGGCUGCUGCUGCUGCUGCUGCUGCCGGCCCCGACGGCGGGCGCAGGGAGUCCCGGCUGCACGCCAGCACGCCGUUCCGCCUGGCGCGUCACGGCCACACGGCGGCCCUGGACUGGUACUUCGCCACCCGCGACACAGACAGCUUCAGCCGCUCCGGGCUGCUGCGCUGGGCGGUGCACAGCGGCCGCCUGGAUACGGUGGUGUGGAUCCUGAGGCGGGCGGCGCGCGGAAAUGCGCCACUGCUGCCGGAGCUAGCCCAGGAGCUGGACGUCGGGGCCGCCGAGGCAGUUGGGGCUGCAAGAGCCGGUGGCAGUAGCGGGGCGGGCGGCGGCGGCGGCAGCGGCCGUACUGCCGUGCUGUUUGACGUGGGCGGCGAGAUCGGCGACUGCGGCUGGCAGUUUGAUGUGAAGCUGUUCGCCCAGGCGGCGGCGGCAGGCAAUGUGGAGGUGCUGGGGCUGAUACGGCGGCUGGCUCCGGAGCUGGGGCCUGAGGCCGCACACGCCUGGUUGGAGCCUGCGCGCUCCGGCGACCUGCUCACGCUGCGAGCCCUGGGCCAGCUGGGCUGCCCCGCCGACGGCCGCGGCGACAUCUUCACGCGGGCCGUGUUCGCGCACGGCAUGGCGGCGCCGCUGCCGGCCCUGCGGCUGAUGCUGGAGGAGGCGCGCGUGAGCGUGUGCUGGAAUGACGCGGUGGCGGCGGCGGCGAGGCGGCGGGCGGAUGCGUCGGAGGUCGUGGCGUGGCUGGCGGCGCAGCAGGGGCGGCCGGAGCGGGCGGGGCAGGGGGUGAUUAAGGAGGAGGUGUUUUGGAAGCCGUCAGCUGGGGCGGCGCCGGCCGGGGUGCAGGCUCGCAAGCCGAGGUGUGUCGUGCAGUAGUGGUGAUGGUGGUGACGUGGUGGUGACAGUGCGACGGACGUGCUUUUGCGGCGCGGCACUGGACCUAGCGAUGAACUGUAGA